GUCUGUGAAAAGGCCUGCGUUAGGUUUCUGCAGGCAUUGCUGUGGUCACGUGUAGGGGUCCUUAGCCCAUCGUGCGGAAUACACGUGUGGAGUUUCGGAGGGGUCUGUGAUUAUAAGCAGUGAUGGGGGGCUUGGAGAAGAAAAAGUAUGAGCGAGGUGCAGCCACUAACUACAUCACAAGAAACAAGGCUCGGAAGAAGCUGCAGUUGAGCCUGCCAGAUUUCAGACGUCUCUGCAUCUUGAAAGGAAUCUAUCCUCAUGAACCCAAACACAAGAAAAAAGUCAACAAGGGCUCCACAGCCCCCCGGACCUUCUAUCUGUUAAAGGACAUAAAGUUUCUUCUGCAUGAACCCAUUGUGGGAAAGUUCAGAGAGUACAAGGUAUUUGUGCGUCGUCUGCGCAAGGCAUAUGGAAAACAGGAAUGGGAUGCCGUAGACCGCAUUAGAGACAACAAACCAACCUACAAACUUGAUCACAUCAUCAAGGAAAGGUACCCAACCUUUAUUGAUGCUCUCCGUGACUUGGAUGAUGCGCUAUCCAUGUGCUUUCUUUUUGCCACCUUUCGACGUACUGGAAAGUGUCAUGUUCAGACCAUACAGCUUUGUCGUCGCCUUAGUGUUGAAUUCCUUAAUUAUGUAAUUACUUCCCGAUCUCUGCGCAAGGUGUUCUUAUCAAUCAAAGGAAUCUAUUACCAGGCCGAAAUCCUAGGACAGACAGUGACAUGGAUUACUCCAUAUGCCUUUUCUCAUGAUCACCCUACAGAUGUGGACUACAGAGUUAUGGCCACUUUCACUGAGUUUUAUACAACUCUUCUGGGAUUUGUGAACUUCCGCCUCUACCAGGCUCUUAAUCUUCAGUAUCCUCCUAAGCUGGAUUCUCGUUCAGAGGCAGAACUGAAGAUGGACGAUGAAGAGAAAUAUGCUCUGGAGUCUGAGACAUACAUGGAGAAAUUGGCAGCUCUCAGUGCCAGUCUGUCCCGUGUGAUUCCAUCCGAGCCCGAAGAGGAAGUAGAGGUUGACGAGUUCCCUGCAGAGGCUGAGAACUCGGGUGUGCAAGAAGAGAGAAAAAGGCAGCAGCAGGAAGAGGAAAAACACAAGUCUUUAUUUGUAGGCCUUAAGUUUUUCUUGAACCGGGAAGUACCAAGAGAAGCUCUUGCAUUUGUCAUUCGGAGUUUUGGAGGACAGGUCUCAUGGGACAGCUCCGUCUGUAUUGGAGCAACGUAUGACAGCUCAGACACCUCCAUUACACAUCACAUUGUAGACAGGCCGAAUGUAGGACCACAGAUCAUCAACAGGUAUUAUGUACAACCACAGUGGGUAUUUGACAGUGUGAACGCCCGUUUGCGCCUUCCUGUUGAAGAUUACUUUCCGGGUGUGCUGUUGCCUCCACAUCUCUCACCUUUUGUCGAGGAGAAGGAAGGAGACUAUGUUCCUCCAGAGAAACAGAGACUGCUUGCUUUGCAGAGAGGAGAGAUAAUUGAUGAUGAUGAAGAAGAAGAUGACGAUGAUGAUGAUGAGGAAGAAGAGGAGGAUGAAGAUGAGGAGGAGGAAAAGAAAGAAGAUGAAGUUAAGAGCAAAAAAGUUAAAGGGAAGAAGCAAAAAACAUCUGGACAAAAGAAGUUGAAUGUGAAAGUUACUGCUGGUACUGUCAAAGUGGUGAACAAAGCACAAGUUGCUGAGCAAGAGAAAAACGAGGAAAAACGCUUGGCCAUCAUGAUGAUGAAGAAAAAAGAGAAGUAUCUCUACAACAAGAUAAUGUUUGGCAAGAAACGGAAAGUCAGAGAGGCCAAUAAGCUGGCAUCAAAGAGGAAAGCCCAUGAUGACGCCAGUAAAUCUGAACGCAAGGGAAAGAAGUCAAAAAAGCAAUGAUUAGCAUCUCUAACAAUGUAUUCCAGUUGAGACCACCCAGUGUCUAAUGAAAUUCUGAGACUAUUUCGAUGUAUAACUUAUAUGAACUGUCUGCAGACCAUGAUCCUUCUGCUAUUUCCACAGGAGCAUGAGAUACAGUUUAUCAUGGUUUUAUUUCCUCUGGGCUGUAAGAGACAGGGUGAAUGGAGACUCCACUAAGUGUCAUUACCGUUUACAGCAUGCUGUAUUGAAAAAUCCAGAUUGAACCCCCUGGGAACAGACUGUACCGUGUGUAAAUAAAGGUUGUUUAGACACCUUUCACGUCAAAAAAUAUUAAUAUGAAUGCAUACGGUGUCAUGUUGAGGCUUAUGGCUUCCAUCUAGAUUUCUUAUUGACAGGUAGCCCCUUCUUACUGGACAUUUACUCCUUCCUUAUAAUGUUAUGCUAAAAGUAACACAUUUUGUGGAAUAUAAAUGUUUUUAUGUUUGUACAAAUGUAGAAAAGCAUUGUUUGCACCAUCUGGCUCCUGUUUAUUAAAAGUCUUCAAAAUUUUUAUUGAU